AUCAUGAUGUACUCCUUGGGCUUGGAGUCGGAUGUGGUGGAGCUCGAGAAGAAGCUUUUCAAGGCAGCCUUAUGGGAUAAUGCAGAGCUUCUGGAGGACCUCUUGAACAGUGACCAGCUCUGCCACAUCAACUGCCAAGAUGCAUGGGGUCGCACUCCUCUCCACGCGGCUGCCACCACAGAGUCGUCCAGGUGUCUCAGGAUUCUACUCCAGGCGGGGGCCGACCCCAAUCUGGCCUCGGGACCCCGUGCCGAGGGACGGACCUGCCUUCACAUCUCCUCGGAGCACGGGGCGAUGGAGAACAUCCGCCUGCUGCUAGACCACGGAGCAGACCUGUUGGCCAAGGAUGCCAACGGACUGACUGCCCUGGAUCUAGCCGAGCAGGGGGAACACACACAAUGUAUGGCCGUCCUUAAAAACGCAGCAG